UCACAUGAGUAACAAGUGAAGGCGUAACCAACCCAGAUACAUUUCAUGGGCAUAGCCGUGAGUUGAGGAAGAAGUUUUUUUUAUUAAACUUUGAACGACGGGGAAGUAUAGUGUUAAUAAUGAAGUUCUGUGGACCAAAGCUGUCACUCUGCGGACUUAUUAUAAGCGUGUGGGGUAUCAUACAACUUGUACUUAUGGGUAUAUUUUAUUAUGUACGGAGUGUGGCAUUGGCAGAUGAUCUUCCUGGUGUGGAAAAGGAAUUUGAGAAUCUUAGCGAGUUCUAUGCUGCUGCUGAUGCAGGGUACUUGCAGAAUGCCUACAACUGUUGGAUUGCAGCAUGCCUCUACAUUUUCACACUUCUAAUAUCAGGACAUCAGUUUUAUGUUAAUAGUCGCUCAUCUUUAAGUAUGUGAGACAUUAAACAAGUAAAUGAAAAAAUUAUCAAAUUUCUUCCAUUUUCUUGGUCCAAUCACCUGAAAGAAAUAUGUAGCCUCACAUUUUAAAUUUUGAAAUCCAGGUGAACCACACAAGUAUUUCUGUAAAAGUAAGUUUGGUAUAAGUAAUGCAUACUUAGUGAAGUUUCAUAAUUUAUUCAUUUUGAGUAACAAUGCUCAAUUAUCUUUUAAAACUAAGGUGGUAACAGGCAUUACAGUUUUUUCAUUUUGAAUAUAUCAGUAUUAGCCAUGGUGUAAUUGUUUCCCAAAUGCUUACAAGAAGUCAUAUCUAAAUAGGUUAAUGAUGCUAGUGAGGUUUUGUUUUUCAAAGGUUGAAAGUUUCAAAGAUUUCAUUGUAAAUGUGUAUUAUAGAUAAUUAUUAUAGCGGUAAAAUAAUCUAAGUUUAUAUGAAAAUUGUGUGUUGAUACCGUACGUAAUAGGACAGUUGCAUUUGCUGUAAAAGUAUAUACUUCACUGUUUUCUUUCUUUCUUUCUUUCUCUCUCUCUCUCUCUCUCUCUCUCUCUCUAUUUUUUUUUUUUUUUUUUUACAAUGAGUUUUCACUACAAACUGUUGAUAAUUUUGCAGUUGAAAACAAAAUGCACAAUUCAGUGGAUAUAGGGCAUUUUAUGAUUAUUAGUAUUUCAGUAUUGAAAAUGUGCAGAAUUAAUUAUUUCCACUGUUGCAUUUUUAUGCAGAUAGAAAUACUGUUUUAGUUCUGUGUGAUAGUUUAAUUUUAUAACUAGAACACUCUACUCUGUGUAUUUAUAAGAUUUGCUGCUGAAUAAUUACAUUCCUGUAUUUGAAAGAUGAGAGAACUUUAUCUUAAGGAUGCUGGUAACUUUUUACAACCAGACAACAGGAAAUUGUCAUUUUUCUCACAACCAUGAUGUAAAUACUUCCUUGUGUAAAUAAAGCUUUGUUUGUGAAACAGUCA